AUGUCAAAGUCACAAUCAUCAACAAAUAAUGAUUUAUCAACAUCCUUAUUACCUUUAUCUUCACAAGAAAAUGGUGUGACAAUAACUCCUAAUGAUGAAAAAUUAAAACUAAAGGGAUCAUAUACUCGUCAAAGUCCUCAUACAAAUCCUUUGGCACAAGUUGUCGUUUGUAAACGUUUAGCAAAAAUGCCAAUGCUUUUUCUUGCAAAACGUCGACAAAUGCGUAAAAUUGAACUUGAAAAUGCAGCUGAACCAUAUACCGAUGAUAAUGCUGGUUUAAUGGCAGCAUCAUCAAUAUUACAAGGAACAUUUGCAUUUGAACGUGAAGCUAAAACAUUUGAAGAAUAUACGCAACAAUUAGAAGAAGCCUUAACAAUAUUACGAACUAUGAAACGUGAGGAGUAUGAAAGUCAAACAGCACUUAUAGUUCUACGUUUUCUUGAAAAUCUUAUUCAUCAACCUAAAGAAUGGAUUUCAGGAGCCAAAUUAAAAUUAUCUGAAAUGAAAUUUCCAGAAACAGCAAUGACUUUAAUGAAUAGUUAUAAAGAAAAAGGUUAUUUAGUACGACGCAUUGUCUUUCUUCAUAGUAUAUUACUGUAUAAUUCAAUGAGUAAUUUUACUGAUCAUGAAUUUGAUAAAGAAGGACUUAUUAGAAAGCAAGCAGCUGAUGCUGGUUUUAUUGAAUUUGCAUGUGAAAUAUUAAAUGAUUCAUCUUAUCUUGAAUCACUUACAAAAUGUUAUAUUAUUGAUAGUCCAGAACAAACAACAAUGAAUAUUGAUUUUAAUAAUUAUCAGAAAAUUUUAUAUAUCUGUGAUUCAGCUCUUACAAUUCUCUAUAAUAUGGCAAAUUUACCUGAACUAAAAAUUCAUUUUCGAGAAUGCAAUGCAACAAAUAUAAUAGCCGAAUAUACAAAAUUAUCAUCGGAUACAAUUCUAAUUCAAUUUCCUGAAACCGAUGUAAAUCAAGAUUGUAUAACUAGUAUAAAAGAAUUACAAGAUGUUAUUAGUGCUAUUCGUGUAACAUCAUGUUUAUUACUUCCAUUAAUAAUGAAUGAAGAUGAAGAUAAUAUUUUAGCAGCAAAUACAUCAGAUGUACUUCCAUUAUUAUCUGAAAUGAUUCGAAAAUAUAAUGGACAUGAACAAAGAUUUUAUGGAUUUUCAUUUAUUGAAUUAGUUGAUGGUUUAUCUAAAUUAAUGGUUCGUGGUCGAACACAUAAAUAUAUUGAUAAAAAUCUUGUUAAUAUUUUAUUAAAUAUUCUUGAAAAUACAAAUCAAGAAGAUAAUUUACUUGAAUGUGUAUCUAAUGCAAUAUUAAAUGCAUCAUUUGAUGAAAAAGUUCAAAUAUUAUUAGAUACUGAUCAUGUUAUUGAUAUAAUAACAUCAGCACGUAAUAAUUCUCCAAGUCAACUUGUUCAAAAAAAUUGUGAAGCAAUUCUUUGGACACUUAAUAGAAUUCCACAUCGACGAGUUUCAACAAUAAGUAAAGGAUAUGGAUUAGAUGGUCAUAUUAUGAUUUCAUAUAAUCGAUCAGUAACAGCUAUGUGUUUAAAAAUUCGAGAUCGUUUAAAAGCUUUACACUAUAAUGUAUGGCUUGAUGUUGAUAAUAUAAAUGGUGGAGUUUUGGAAUCUAUGGCUAAAGCUGUUGAAAAUUCAUCGAUUAUACUUAUUUGUAUGAAUGAACAAUACAAACAAAGUUAUUAUUGUCGACUCGAAGCAGAAUAUGCAACAGAAUUAAGAAAACCAUGUAUUCCAUGUUUAAUGCAACCAAGAUUUCGACCAUAUGGAUGGCUUGGAAUAAUUAAAGGAGCUAAAAUUCAUGUUGAUUUUGCUACAUUACCUUUUGAAGAAGCAUUCUCUAUUUUAAUUCGUGAAAUUGAAACAAUAAAACAAGAUGAUAGACAAGUAGGUAAUAAUGAAGAUAAUAUUAAAGAUCAUCCUCCACAUGGUACCAGAUAUUCUACUAUUGAUACUAUAAAUACCAUAACUGAAUCUAAACAAAAUAAACCAGUAAAAUCAACUUCUCAAUCACAACAUAUUACUACAAAUUGGGAUACAACUGCAGUACAACAAUGGCUUGAACAGAUUGGAUUAUCAGAUUUGAAACGUGCUUUUAUGAAUAUUGAUGGAAAAUUACUAUGGCAGUUAUAUCAAAUGAAACAAUUAGCUUCCGAUUCAUAUUAUAAAUUUCUUGAUAAAUAUAUUGAUCGUUUACAUAUAGCACUUUCAAUGCCACCGACAAUAUUAAAAGAACCUGAUUCGGAUAUAAUUUUUGAUCCGCGUAUUAAUCUUGAAUUAAUAUGUUUAGCAAAAGGCGAUCCAACUCUAGUUUAUACAUGGACUAAAAAUGGAUUAUUAUAUACAAUAGAUACACAAAAUAAUAAUGUUAUUAUGGCAAAUGAUUCUGGUACACUUAUUUUUACUCAACCACAAAGUAUUGAUCAAGGAUGGUAUCAAUGUAAUGCAACAAAUAUUUGGGGUACUGCAGUAUCACGUCGAGUUCAUGUACGUCUUGCAGAACUUGGUGCAUUUCCUAUUUAUGAUCGAGCUCAAAUAAUUCAAGUAAGACGUGGUGAUUCAUUAAAAAUUCCAUGUAAACCACCAAUUGGUGUACCUGAUCCAGAAAUUUAUUGGACAGAUAAUGCAAAUGUUGGUGAUCAAUUUGGUUUUCGUGUUGCAAAUCCACGUAUACAACAAGAUUAUGAUGGAAAUCUUUAUUUUCUUAAUGUAAAAGAUGAAGAUGAACAAAAACAAUUUAUAUGUAAUGCAUUUUCACGUAAAUUAAAUGUUAUUCGUCGUGGUACAUUAACAAAAUUACAAGUUAUUCAAUCCGAUCCAAUUGAUCGUAAACCAACAAAAUUAUGGUCAUCAGAUGCAUAUAAAGUUUUUUUAAAAGGAAAAAAUUUAUCAUUAAAAUGUAUAUUUGAUGGUUUACCAACACCUGAUGUUAUAUGGAGAAAAAUAAAUGGUCGUAUACCUGAAAGACGUUCUAGUAUUAUUCUAGAGAAACAAGAAUUAAUUAUAAAUGAUCUUCAAUAUGAAGAUGAAGGUGUAUAUGAAUGUCGAGGACAUAAUGAAUUAGGUUAUGAUACAUUUAGUAUUAAUGUUCAAAUUGAAGCUGAUCCAUAUUGGAUAGAAAAGCCAAAAGAUAUACAUGUAACAGAAGGUGAAACAGUUGAUGUUACGUGUCAUACAGAAGCUAAGCCAACACCAAAAGUUACUCAAUGGUUAAUCAAUGGCAUACCGUUACAAGAUAUCAGCGUUCCAUAUAAUCCACGUCGAGCUAUUAUGAAAAAUCGACUAGUUAUACAAAAUAUAACAAAAUCUGAUACAGCUGUUUAUCAAUGUAAUGUUUCUAAUAUACAUGGUUUUAUUUUUGCAAAUUUUUUUAUUAAUGUUAUUUCGGAAAAACCAAAAAUUCAACGUGGACCGGAUACACUUUAUCGUGUUGUUGAAGGACAAAGUGUCAUUUUACCAUGUGAAACAAAUGGCGUGCCAACACCUAAAGUCUAUUGGCAUAAACGUAAUCGAAUUAUUACUGGUGUAAGAUAUUCCAUAUCAAAAGAUGGAAGUUUAACAAUUCAAGAUGUAUCAUCAUUAGAUAAUGGAAUUUAUAUUUGUAAUGCAACAAAUAAAUUUGGUUCUGAUAUACGUAAUACAACAUUAAAUAUUAAACAAAAAACACGUAUUCAAACUCGACCAAAUAAUCAACAAAUACGUCGAGGUUCACAAGCUAUAUUUCGUUGUACAGCUAUUGCUGAUAAUUCAUUAACAUAUGAUAUUAAUUGGUAUAAAGAUGGUAAAUUAUUAACUUAUACAGGUCGUUUUAUUAAAGAUAUAACAGAUCAAAAUACAUUAAAAAUUGUUGAUGUACAAUUUGAUGAUGCUGGUUCAUAUGUAUGUCGUGCAAGUACAGAAUUAGAUUUUGAUGAUGCAAGUGCAACAUUAAUUGUACAAGAUCGACCAAAUAGACCAAAAAUAACAAAAAUUAUUUGUAAUGGAUCAAAUGAUCAACCAUUUGCAAUUGUUCAAUGGCAAGGAACAGGUGAUAAUAAUGCACGAAUAAUCUAUUAUGAAUUACAAUAUAAUACAUCAUUUCAAACAAAGGAUUGGAUAUCUGUACCUAUUGAACAACGAAAAGAAUCUUUUAAUGAAGUUACAUCACCAGAAGGUUCUAUUAAUUUAGAAUCUAAAACUGCAAUUUUUAAUACAACAAAUAUUCCAUCAAAUCAAAAUGAUUUACGUGUAUCAUUAUCAUGUUGGGCUAAUUAUACAUUUCGUAUUAUUGCUUAUAAUCGUGUUGGUGCAAGUGAUGCAAGUCCUAUUUCAGAAUCAAUGUGUACAACAAAAACAUGUCGACCUAAGACAAAUCCUAUUGGUGUUAAAGCUUCAACUACACAAUCUGUACCAUUAUUAAUCGAAUGGGAUAAUAUGCCUGCAAUAAAAAGGGGUUCACCAACAUUUUGGUAUGAAGUUGGUUGGCGUCAAUUUCCUUUAGGCACUGAUCCAGGACCAUUUUCAAUGCAAAUUAUUUAUCCACCACAACAUCAAUUUCCUAUACCAAAUUCAAUAAUGAAUAUGCGAUAUCAAUAUUAUGUUAAAGCAGUCAAUCAACAACUAGGAGAAAUCAAUAGCACCGGUGCCAUUGAACCUCCAGUGUACAACAUUGCUUUUGCCGGUGAUUCAGCACCAACAUAUGUUCCACGUAAUUUUCGUGUAUUACAAAUGCUUGAUAGUACAACAGUACAAUUUGCAUGGGAUCCACCAUUAUCUUCUGAUGAAAUUAAUAUUCGUGGCGUUCUUAAAGCUUAUCAGAUUGAAAUAUUUCGACUUGAUGAUCCCGUAAAAUCUCGUCUUGUGAUAUCUGAUAUUUUACCAAAUCAAACUUGGACAACAGUUUUUAAUGCACCACCUAAUGCUGAUGUUGGUGCUCAUAUUCGUAUUGAAACAGAACGAUAUUUUGGACCAACAAGUCCUGUUAUUCAAUUUCCUACACGAGAAGGUCGUCCAGGACCAGUAACUAAUUUACGUGGUGUACCUUAUACUAGUAAUGGAAUUUUUCUACUUUGGGAUCCACCAGAUGAAACAAAUGGUGUUAUAAUUGGUUAUCAAAUUGAUUAUAAACCUAUUGAAAGUAUUGCUUCUCAACCCGGUAUUGAUCAACCUUCAAUAUUACUUCGUGAUGAUACUCGUCGAAAUUAUCUUCUUAGUAGUCUUAAUCCAGAUACAAAAUAUCGUGUUCAAGUACGAGCACGAACAUCAGUUGGUCCAUCAAUAAGUCCAGCUAUUAUUGAGCUAACAACAAAUUUAAGUCUUGCUCCAUCAAAACCAACAUUUACAGUAACUCAUCGAGGACAAACAUUUUUUAAUAUCUCUUUUGAUCCAACAAUAAUGACUGUUCCUGGUAGUCUAUAUUUUGUACAAUAUAAAGAAAACGAUAAAGAUGAUCAAGCUAAUUUUAAAACAUCUUAUACUGUUUCAAAUGAUCGUACUAUUUUUGUUAAUGGACUUGAAGCUGGUAAAAUAUAUACAACAAUAUUAGUUGCCAGUGAUGGUAUUCAAGCUGAAACUAAAAGUGAUCCUCAAAUGAAAAAUUUCUCUUGA